UCUUCUGAAGUGUGACGUAAGUCCGUGAAUUUGGCCACGUUGUGGGAAUCGAUCAACUAGGGAAUAUGUCAACAUUAACUAUUUGAAACAAAUUGUGUGGCGAUAUACUGAUUUUUGACAAAGGAAGUCACCAGACAAGAAAAAGCCCUGACUGCAUCGAAAAGGGUGGAGGCCAAGAAGAGGAUGAUGUGGAGGUACCGUCUACCUGGCUAUGAGUUGAGGCUCCUAGAGGAACUACAGAGACAGAAGCACAACAGUCUCUACUGUGAUACCCUGUUACAGACCGAUGGAUUGUCAGUCCCGGCCCACAGCUGUGUCCUGGCUGCCCUGAGCCCCUACCUGUCCAAGGCCCUGUCCAACCAGUCAUCCCCCCUCCCGGCRGGGCAGAGAUGGCCACUCAAGCUCCAGGCUGUGAAGGCCCAGACCCUGCUGAAGCUGGUGGAUCUCCUGUACUCCGGAGAGCUGGAGGGAGAGGGCACCAUGGAACAAGAAGAGGUUAUGGCUGCUGCCUGUAAGCUGGGCAUAGGCCGCUUGGUGGAGGGGUGGAAGGACCGGGGGAGGGAGGGAGAGGGGGAGGAGGAGAGGAGGUGCAGUCUUAGAGACGUGGGGGUGCAGACGGAGGGAGGAGAGACACAGGUGGACGUGGGGGCGUUGGUGGAGACAGGGACACAGACUGUGGACUGUAAUGGAGGUAUUUACAUGACUUUCCUCAGUCCUCUCCCUGAUGCUCUCCCUACAUCCACAUCCACACCCUCACCUCCACCCUUCCUACUAGUCCAGAGCAGCAGUGAAGGGCAGCAGCACACAACUCACAUGGCACCCCCUUCCCUGAGUCCCCAGAUUAUGACCCCCACUUCACACCCCAGUUCCACCCCACCCAGCGUCAAAGCAACGGUCAACUGUGGWACAGCUCCCUUUAGAACCCACCCUCGGACCUCCGAACCGGAGGUCACAAACCUCUCAUCGUCCUCUGUUGUCCUGAGCGGUGACAUGGUCYCCCCGAGUGACGAUUCGGACCACCCCACGACACCCCAUUCUGCCGUCCCAGAAUGCUCUGUGGCGGAGAACGGUGUGACGGAGAGAAGGACGGAGAAGAAGCUGACAUCACACACUGGGAGAGCAGAGGAAGGAGGAACAGGGGAGUGUCUGGAGAGGAGAGGUGUGGUUGGGAGGAACUGGCUGACCGGACAGAGGCUGGAGAACACUCCGAUCUCCAUCAAGGUCAAGCUGAGGAGGAGGACCAGGGGACAGGUGUGGGAGCUGGUCAGUGGGCAGGAGACGGACGGAACCAUCUCACCUGGUCAGGGGCAGGAGACGGACGGAACCAUCUCACCUGGGCAGGAGACGGACGGAACCAUCUCACCUGGUCAGAGGCAUUUGGUCCUCGCUGCUCUGAAGAAGGAAACGCAUGAUCGCAUGAGGACAAGACAACUACCACGCCAGCCUCUCCCCCCACCCCAGUCCCCAGCCCUCCCCCGGUGCUCUCCCCUCGACACAGCUUUCCUCACCCCUCCACCAGACCUCCACGUCUCCCCUCCACCCCGAUCCCGCCCCACCUCCAAAACCACCACCGCCCAGUCAACCUCCCUCAAACACUGCAGCUCCACCCAUCAUCCGACCCCACACCCAGCACAUGAACCGCAGCUCGCCUUGUCCCAGCCUCCGGUAGAGGAAUCGGACGAGCAGAUUGAGAAGAUGCUGGAAGACAUCAUGAUGGGGUUGAACAUACUGCCCCCUGUGGUUCUGGAUAGGGACUGCGACCACCGCCACCAUCUCCAAAGCCACGACAGACCGUCGGCCUGCUCCUGCWCMCAUCARCCCGUCCACGCAAGGCAUUGUGGGAUGCACAGCGCCGUUGGCUCGGCUUCUCGUUGCGUGUGUUCCCAUGGCUACGCGACAGGAAGUGAUGAUGCGUCGUCGACUGAAACAGGUGUCCAGUGCUCCUCUGAGAACGCCAAGAACACCAGAACUCCUGAUCCGGUUCCAGAACUCUCAAAACCAGGAAAACUCCAGAACCGGAACUCCAAGAGCCUGGUGGUGGAUGUGGUGCAGCAGCAGCAUCAUGCCAGUCCACUCAGGCUCUUCACCAAGGCCUCCCCACCACCACCAGUCCCUUCCUCAGAGCCAGGCCUCUCUACUUUACACAGGGAAGAGGACGAGAUCCAGGGUGCUGGAAGGGUUCUUCUGCCCAGACGGGGCGUUUCGUCGACAUACAGAGAACAUGUUUGUAAUCUGUCCUCUGCGGAUUGUCUGUCGACCAAUGGAGACCACUCCUAGUCAAGGUGAAUGGAGACACU